CGGAGGAGCCGGAGGCGGCGGCAGCAGCAGCAGCAGCAGCGCAGGCGAGGAAAGGCAGGCGAGGAGGGGGCGUGGCCGGGCCUGAGUUGGGGACCCCCACAUCCCAGGACCCCUCCACGCCCAGCACCCCACUGUUUCCUCCAGUCCCCCAUUUAUUGCCACUCCCCCUAAACCCCCAACAACCCCACCCCUGAUUCGCAGCAGCCCCCCAGAUCCCCAGACCCCUCUAACUCCCACAGAUCCCCCAGUUUCCACCACUCAAAGCCCCCUCCUUUCCACCCACCGCCCAAAUUUCUAGCCACCCCCAAAAAAGCUCCAGCACUUCCAGCGGUGCCCUCUCGCUUCCAACCCCCCACUUUUUAGGAAUCCCCCCAAAUUGCCAGCAAUUCCCCCCAGGUUCUAGCAACCCUCCAUUUCCAACAUCCCCCAAAUUGCCAGCAAUUUAACCCCCCACUUUUUAGGAAUCCCCCCAAUUUCCAACCAUCCGAUCCCAGCAACCCCCCCCUCCCCUCCCCGGUGCCCGCCCUUUGCAACUCCUUUCGCAAAGCCCUUCUUCCAUGAUGGAUCCCAAGGCUGGCCUUGCCCAGGGAUCUGCCUGGCCCGGGAGGGAUCCAGUGGGGAUCCCUGGCAGCCCCAGUCCCCCCGCCACCCCCGCCGCCGCCUCCUUCCGCCGCGGCCUCCUCCCGGGCUCCUCUUCCUCCAGCGCCGGCCCUCUGCUGCUGGAAGACCCGGGGCCCCUCCGGAGGAGAAGCCGGCGCAGGAGCUCCGAAGACCUGCUGCCCAGGAAGCCCUGCGGCAAAGGAGGGCGCCUCCAAGGCUUGCAAAAGAGUCCCACUCACAGCAAUGGUGAGUCAUUUCCAGAAGAUUCCGAAUCGAUGGAGAGACGGCCGAGGCAUCCCUCUGACCCGUUGGUGCUGAAGCGGCCGGAGGAAGAGGCAGUGGCUGUGCGGCUCCUGGACCAGGUCCCUUUGCACCAUUCGGCACAUAUCCCUGUGCCCAGGCAAAGAAGACUGUCUGAGAAGGCGGGGAUCAAUGAGGUCAUGGCAGCUGCAGUCCUCACGAGCUUGUCCACCAGCCCAGUUGUGCUCAACAACCCAACCAACGGUUUCAGCACAGAAACCCGCUGUGAUGCCUGGAAAGAAAGGCCCGCCAUGUCGUCCAGUUGCAGUAGCAGCAGCAACGCCAGUGGCGACUGGAGUUGGGAUCCCCCUAGUGACCUCUCCACCCCUUCCACCCCAUCACCACCCCUCUCCACGGACAUUGGCACCAGUUUCCUUUCCUCGCUCCAGUCGGACCUCGAGGAGGUGGAAGCAGGUCACUUUCUGUUUGGGGACCCCAUCCCCAGGAAGAGGAAGAACUCCACCAAGGUGAUGUUCAAGUGCUUAUGGAAAAACUGUGGCAAGGUGCUGAGCAGUUCAUCUGCGAUGCAGAAACAUAUCAGGUUCAUCCAUCUGAGACGGGAGGCUGACCUAGACCAGAAUGAUGGGGAAGAAGAUUUCUAUUACACUGAGCUGGAUGUCAAUGUGGACUCCCUGACGGACGGUCUCUCCAGCCUGACGCCCGUCUCCCCAACUUCCUCCGUGCCCCCUGCCUUCCCCAUCAUGGAGGAGAUUUCACAGACACCUGCCAUUCCCUUUAAGCUGGAGGAUUCUACAGUGCCUCACCUGAGCCAGUUGACACCUGUAACCACAUUGAGCCAAUCAGCACCUACUAGUCUGUGCCACGUCCAAAGUGAUCACGCAUACCAGGCUGCUGGUCCUGCUGGUACAGUGGUGGAUUUGAAAGCUCCCUCCUCAGGCAUGGAAAUCAGCAUAUCAUGGCAGCAGCCAACCUUUUUCUCACCCCCUUUGUCCCCUGUCAUUUUUAAAAACCCCUCGGGCUGCUUAACUCCCAUCCAGCCUGCUGAUCUAGGAGAGAAACGUCCACAGGCCCCUUCUGUGCCCAUUGCCAAAGGACACCCAUUAGUGUCCUCUUGCAUGCCAAAGCCAACAACUGGCACUCGGAAGCCCCGGGGCGAGGCCAAGAAGUGUCGAAAAGUGUACGGGAUGGAGAACCGCAACAUGUGGUGCACAGCUUGCCGCUGGAAGAAGGCUUGCCAGCGGUUUGUCGACUGAGCCGUCGUUUCGCCCGUCCGCACUGCUCUGAAUCUUGGUGCACACGUUUUGCACUUUCUGUGCCUUCCAAACCCAACCUCCUUCAUCGUCCGCCCUCCUCUCCUUCCUGGCAACUUCAUCGCUGCUUCCUCCUCCUUGCACAGAAGAGAGGGAGCGGGUGGGUUUCCCAUCUAUGCCUUGACUCAGGAAGAAGGCACAAUGGGUGCAGACAGCAAUGGUGGUGGGGGCUUUGCAAGAAGUGGGGGGGGGGUUGGGGCCUUUCCCUGGCUUUGUGACCUUCGUGGAGCAGCUAUCCAGGAUUAUUCAACUCUGCAACUGGAGGCUUAGGUUUUUCAAUAUUCUUGUUUUUUAAAUACCUGCCACCAGUUUUUGAUGAGCUAACGGCAGCUUUGUCUGCUUCCGCACAUGUGAGGAUUUUCCCCCGCCCUUCGGGAUUUCUUUUUUUCUCCUUUGAAUAAGCUAUUUCUUUUCCUAUCCCUUCCCCCGUUUCAAUGGACUCAGCCUUACCUCCUUUCCUGCUUGGCAUCCCACAACCUUUAAGGUUUGGGGCAAAGGAGAAUUAGCAACACCCUCUUGCAAGGUUGGCAUGGGAAGGAUUUGGCUGCUGAAGCCAAAAAGCUACAUCAGCCCAAAUGAAGCCAAAGCUUGCUUUUUCAUGCCUUGAGUGGAAAGGUCAGCAAGAGCUUACUGAGAACACAGACCUCCUUGGCUUUAUCCUGGUUAUUUUUGAGGUCCCCCCUUUUUUAUUUUUAAAGUUUUUGUGUUUGGGACUCAUGACAAACAAUGAAGCAGGUGUUGGAAGGAAAUCUCCUUACCUUCAGUUUUCCUUUAUUGGUUGCAACAAGCUCCUCAAAAACGGAAUUUUCUGUGCUGGUUUUAAACCUGAAGUUUGGAACUGAGAUGUCUAUCCGAGGACACAGAUAUGUGAAUGGAAGAAACUAUCUGGGGUUUGUGAAAACUGACUGUUUUUAUUUUCUUCUUCCUAAUUUCUUGUUCACUUUUUCUUACUCCCCACCCCAGUGCCUGGAGAAGAAAGCUCAGUUAUAGGAAAUAUUCAGACUUUCCAAUCUGGUCUAAAAACGGCCCCAUGGUGGAAUAAAUGCCUUGGUUGCUUGCAAGGAAUAAGCUAUGCACUGGAUGAGCUGCCUUGUCUUUUCCUACAGAGCUGGACUGAAUUUGCAUUAAUAAGUUACAAUGACCACACAAAGGAACACUUCAACUUCCAGAUGUGCAAUCCCAGACUCAAAUUUGACAUGCUUGGCAGGGGAGCCGGGAGAUGAAUGUGAAGCAGAUUUUGUCUCGGCGCUGGAUCUGGGCACCUGGGCAGAGAGUGCCGUGCCAAAAAUUCGCCUCACUGCUAGUUCUGGCUUGAAUUUGAAUCUUGGAAUCAGGAUUUUUUUUAAAAAAAAAAGAAAAUUGCAUAGCUAUAGACACAGAUAUAUAUGCACAUGUAUACAUGUCUGAGUUUUCACAGCAGGAAAUCUUGCCAAAUGUUGAACGUGGAAGAUUGAUUUUGCUUUGCUUUUCUACCUGUCUAAAAUUAUGUGGCUUUUUUUGGUGGGGGUGGGGAUGGAAAUCAGCUUUCUGUUUGAUUUGGUCUGCUGUUUAUGAGUCAGGUGGGGUCAGAAUUCAGGAAUGAUGUGCUCUUGGGCACUAACAUGCACCAGAUGUUAGAUCAGGAGUGGAAAUUAGGGAGCCUUCCAGAUGUAAUUGACUGCAGCUCCCAGUAGCCCUGGCAAGGAAAGGUAUGAAUUGCUGCUCUGCAAUAUCUGCAAGACCCCAUGAUUCCCACCCCUGGUGGUAAAUCUUGAGUAAGUUCAUUGGAGCCCAAAGGCUGUGGCUUUAAAUAGAGCCUGUCUAAGGCACCAGAGUCCCUGCUUGCACAAAUAAUCCAGGGUGAGUUUUGCACAAGGGUCCCUGGCCCCUAAAAAAGAGGUAAUAGUUGGGAUCUCUGUUGCAUUCUUGGUACAGAAUGGGGCCUGCAGUUGGAGAGUACCUUGCAUUGCCAUUGUGCCCUGUACUCUAUAAUCAUUGGGAGGAAAUUAUGCCUAGAAUGGAAAUUACACCUAGAAGUAUUGCACACAUAUUGGUUUCUCAACAAGAUGUUGUCCAUUUCCAUAAAUAUUGAGCUAGGCUGUUUUACUUACACACACACACACUUUCCUUUAAGAACUGGCUCUGGAUUCCCAAAUAACCCAAUUAAGCUUUGCUACUUUU